ACAACAAAAAUACAGCUAAAAUUCUCUUUACAAAGGCAACGCUGACUCUUCGCUUGUGACUUCUCCUCCAGUGACCUCAGGGGAGAUUGCGUGACAGCAGUAAUUUGACACUCCCAUCAGCAUCAGACGCUGCUAAUGAGAGUUCCUCAAACAAAAGUUUAUGUAAGUUGCCUUGAACUGAGUCAGCAGCAACCACGGAGUAGCGGUUUUCCCCUUCAGUUCUGCUGGGGAGAGACCUGUAGGCAGCUGAGCUGAAUCGGACCGGGAGCUUUUGGCAAGCAAACAGAACCAAAGAGGUACUGAACCGCUUGGGCAUUGGAAGUAGGGAGGAUGCUAUGUAAUGGCUAGUUUGCCUGUCACUCUUUUCGCCUCACAGCUAUCUGCAAUUUGUGUUGCUUACUUAGUUUUCAGAGGACUGGGAGUCUGCUGGGCUGCUCUGCAGGGAAGGCAGUUCUCAACACUAAUCUCUCACAACAAAUGUAGCUGAUUUGUAAGAAGGACUGUACAGCCUGAAAAAAGAGACAAGGCAUGUGCUUUUGCAAACCAAGAAAAUCUUUAAAAGUCCUUUUUGCCCCCCCUCUUGGAAUGGGCUAAUAUAGAAGACAUGGCUGAUCAUGAGUGCUUUGUUUGUAACUUGAAUUUGCGCUCGCAUCAGUUCGCAGAGGAUGAUCCAGUUAAAGGUCUCCUUUUACUCCAGAAUCUUGGCUUCUGAAAGCCUGUCUGUGCUCCUCUCUGCUCUCCGAGUUUUCUUCAUAAGUAAAGAAACAGAACGAGGGCAAAAGAUAUUCAGAAUUAAUAACAAUUUGCAGAUUUGUUGUUCCGUUAGCUUAGUCAGUAGAGCAGGAGACUUUUAAUCUCAGGGUCGUGGAUUUGAGCAAAAGAUUCCUGGUUUGGUCGAGAUAAUCUUUUUGGUCCCUUCCAACUCUACAAUUCUAUAAUUCCCCAAAGAGUUGCAUCGGGCACCUUCAUUGUCCAGCUUCCAGAAAAUACUUAAGAUGCUCCUAAUCACCCUGGCUUUUGUUUUAGGACUCACCUUAAUUUUGUGAUUGUAAGUUUUCAGUAUUGUGUUUUAAUGCUGUAACCUGCCCUGGGACCUCAGGGUGAAAGGCAGGUAAUAAUAAUAAUAAGAAUAUAGUUCACCUGUAUUUUAGGGCAAGGGCCAUGGCUCAGUGCUAGAGCAUCUUCUUUCAAUACGUGAGCGUCCAGGUUCGAUCCCUGCUGUUUCCAGGUAGAGCCAGGACAGAAAGAACUCCUGCCUAAAAUUCUGGAGAGCCCUGGCCAGUUCUAGUGUGUAGACCAGCCUUUGGUCCCAGGUGUUGUUGUACUACAACUCCCAUCGUUCCAAGCCAGCAUGCCUAGUCGUCAGGGGUGGUGGGAGUUUUAGUUCAAGAACAUGGGAUGGGGAAAGGUUGAGAAAGGCUGGGGUGGGGGCAAUAUUCAGCUAGGUGGACCAAUGAGCCAACUCAGUAUAAGGCUGCUUCCAGUAAAGUAGGCUGAUAUUAUCGCUAGACUGCGGUGUGGGAUUGCGGCCACAGCGGCAGGAUCUGAGGUGGAUAGUGGCUUGUGUGAAUUCGUAUUGGAAGAAUGAGUUGAUCUGGGGACGUUCUGGCUUGCAGUAAAAUUCUAUACAUGUCUGCUCAAAGGAAAGUCUCACUGAGUUCCGCAAACCUUAUUCUGAAUUCAGUGGGGCUUCUGGAUAGACAUAUAUUAUUAUUAUUAUUAAUUAUUAUUAUUAUUAUUAUUACAUAACAAAUCCAUUGAGCAUUAAAACAUCCCUAGUUAAAUAGACAAUUAAAAAUGUGUAACAAUUAAAAGAGUGAAAAAACAGCUGAAACAAUAAAGCCAAAAGUGCAGUUCAGGGGAAUCUGUGCUUUAACAAUGUCUACAGGAACCCGCAGAAUGCCAAUACUGAUGGGACUCUUGUAUUUAUCUUAUAGGAUUGCACUGUCAGAAAUGUAAACACUGACCACCGUUGUAUUUCUUCCAUUGUCUAUUGUCUGUUGUGGAAUGAAUGGGAACUGCACAGAGGACUGGUGCUCGUUGUUUCAUUCCUGUUUCAGUACUUAUAACAAGCUCUCGAAUUUCUAAAUGAACACCUAGCUCCUAUUAGAAUACUACAUACUGAGCAAAAAUGAGGUCAGCUGGUUUGCUUAUACAGUGGAAUGAAGCUUGAUUAGAAUUAUUCAUAAAUUUAUAUCUAUACAACCAUAUCAUAAAAUAUAGAUGGCUCAGGUCCAGUUGUCUAGGGCAAAGAAUUAGCUCUUAUCUUCAUGAUCCCUGGUCUGUGAAACAGGAAGUGUAAUCUCAGUUACAAAACUGCUGUAAGAGAGUACAGGUAACUCAAGCACAUCUAACUUGAGCACAUUCAGCUUUCUGCCAUGCUCAAUGCUCAUGGGGCAUUGCAGCUGCCACUGGGGCAGGUCGCCAAGCUAUUGCCCCCUCAUUCCAGCCUAUAGGCAGGUGGUACUAAGGAUACAUGCCUUGCCCUGGGCACUGGCAACCCACGCUAUACCACUGGUUUUAUGUGCUUAGCAAAAAAGGGGGGGUUAAAAAAAGGAAGGCAUCUGGGGAAAAAGACUUUGGCAGUCGCACCCGACAUUGAACCCAAUGUAUUUUGACUAUACACAAUUUUGGCUUUACACACUUUCUCCAGAGCGUAACCCCUUCGUAGGUUGAGAGAUGCCUGUAUCUCAGUAGAUAAUGGGGCCCAAUCCACCGGCAGAGAAAGAACCCAGCUGCCAUUUGACUCCUCUCCUCCCUGAAUGGUCUCCAUCCAAGCGAUAAUCAUAAUAACUAUGUCACCGUAAGAAAUUGUGCCUGUGCUUGUUUAUUUUCUUCUUCCCUCCCAAUCCCUUUUCCCUCUUGUGUUGUGUCUGUUAUAUUUGCAAGCCUGCAGAAAACCCUUAAAUAAUCUUUCCGUAAAGCCUGGUAGAUUUUAGGCAUGUUAUUUUGGGGAUGACGAUAAUAUGUGCCUUGAAAGUGCUGUAGAAAUGAUGGAAUUCUUAACAUUUCUCGGAAUCCUCAAAGGGAGUGCUUCAAAUCCGCUGUAAGUGUUCUGUUCAAAAGCGAAUUCAAUGCAUUUUAAUACAUUUCAGGCAGUGACAGAUGGGAACCUUGGAGAAAACUGAAGACUCUGUCAGCGUUGGGCCGAUAGAGUUUGACACAUGCAGCAAAGGUGCAGGAACAACAACAGUGUCCAACCCUAGGAAUGUAUCUCCUGGGAAUGAACCAGAACGAGGUGGUCCGUUCUUGCGUUCAGUCCCAACCAGAGAAUCUCUCCGAUCCCCUCGGGGGUCAGUGGUGAGUUUCCACGGCAUCCAGUAUUCCAUCAAGCAGUCCCGGGGACCCCUGUGCAAACGGAAAGUGGUGGAGAAGAAAAUCCUUCAUAACGUCUAGUAAGUGCAUGCAAUAUGCGUCUUAACAGAGAAUUUUGGGGGAAGUCAUAAUAAUAAUAAUAAUAAUAAUAAUAAUAAUAAUAAUAAUAAUUUUUUAUGUAUACCUCGCCCAUCUGGCUGUUUCCCCAGCCACUCUGGGCUUCCAACACAAUAUUAAAAUACAGUAAUUAACAUCACUUAAGGAGCUCGUCUUCCUGAUUCAUUGAGAGCUCAAGACAAUAAAUGUUUUCAGAUAGUAAAUGGAAUGGGUGAGCUGAUGUUUUAGGUGUCGUUUGUUUAUUUGGGGGGGGGUAGUUCCCAAUAUCAAUUGCUUAGUUAAUGGCACAAUUCUGAAAGGAUCGCUGUGAAUAUCUUUGCCGAGAUUUUGUGUGUGGAGAGAAAAGCCCAGCCUUAAAGUGCUGGAUGUGCCUUUGGGAGGUCCAGGUCUACAGCAAGCCUACUGGGAAGCAGGGCGAAGAGACAAUAUGACAUAAAGAUGGGGAGAAUACAUUAUUGAAGCAGGACCCUCAUGUGUGACAGAAACAGGAACCUCCAAUAGGUCAAAAAGGAGCAUCCAAUCCCAUUCUUCAGCUUUGCCUCAGUAUGAGACACAAGCCCAUCCACCUCUGCCUAUAAGCCUGCUGUGAUUUGAUUCUGUUGUUUUAUUUGCUGGAGGAAUGUGUACCACAUGUUAGAUGUGACAUUUCCCUUGGGGAGACUUGAGCUUCCCAUCAAGAGAAUGGGUUUCUCCCUUCAGGAUGCUUGUGCUGGUCCUGGGGGCUAACCGAGAGGUGAGGUCCGAGUCUAGUCCAAGGUCAAUGGUGCGGUAUGGAGGCUGUCCGUCAAAGCUGAAGCUGGGUCCAAGGCAGGGAGUCAGGUGGGGUCAGGAACUCUGGCAGGAGAGCAGGACAGGGUGCAGGCAGGAACAGGCUACCAACAACGUUGCUCCCGCAACCUGGGACUGGGGCUGGCUGGCUUUUAUCUGCCCCGAGGCAUAGGGCGGCCCUGGUCCACAGGUGACUCACCUCUCCUGGCCUGGAGGCGAGCACUCUUCCUGCGGGAACUUAGUUCCCUCCGCCUCUCUGCCCUGAGCCUCUGCAGCUCAGGAGAGGCUGGAGGGUUACCGGACCCAGAGGCAACCUCAUCUUCCCCUGACAGGGCUGAUAGCGGAGCACCUGCAGGCAAUGGGUCCUCCAUCACCUCAGGAGCUAGAGCAGGCUCAGCUGGUGCCUGCACCUGAGGAUCCAGCACAGGUGAGGACCCUUCAGGCUCAGGCCCCAGCCCCGGCUCAGCUGGUUCUGGAGGCGGGGACUCCUGUGCAGGCUGGGAUUCCUCAGGUUCAGCCUCUGAGUCCGAAUCCCAGGCCAUCACAAUGCUUCUGCUGCUGCUACUGCUCAGAGCCACUAAAUUACUCUGCAAGGUCCACAUUAUGCAAGUGCCAAUCUGAUAGCUGAAACAAUUAUAUGGGCAGGCACAUGAAAGAGCAUCCAAAUCUGGAAAACAAUAGAGUGUUAUGUGCACAAACUUCCUCAAGCCUUGAGAAAUUCUAGGGGGAUAGCCUUUUCAUUUGACUUCCUUUUUAAAGUGAGAAGAUUGGAAACUAAUAAUAAUAAUAAUAAUAAUAAUAAUAAUAAUAAUUUAUUACUUAUACCCCACCCAUCUGGCCAGGUUUCCCCAGCCACUCUGGGUGGCUCCCAACAGAGUAUUAAAAACACAAUAAAACAUCAAACAUUAAAAACUUCCCUAAACAGGGCUGCCUUCAGAUGUCUUCUAAAAGUCAGAUACCGUAUUUUUCUCUCCAUAAGACGAAAUUUUUCCUCCUAAAAAGUAAGGGGAAAUGUCUGUACGUCUUAUGGAGGGAAUGCGUGGUCCUGGAGCCGAAUUGCCCAGGGGCGAAAAGGAGAUUGUGCUUUUUUUUUUUUUUUUUUUUAGAAAGAGGGAAGCGGGUGUUGAAACAAAGCCACUGAGCAGCUGAGCAGCAAGCGAUCGGGAGGGGAGAUAAGGGACUCUAGUGAUAAAGGAGGCUGUCUGGGAGGAGGGAGGUAAAGUGUGCUGGUCCAGGGGAGAGGUUACCGUGGGGCGAGGUCCAGGACCUGAGUCGAGGGUCGGCAGACAGUCCUCCAUGGGCGAAGCGGGGUCCACAGCGAGGAGCCGGGCAAGGACAGGAACUCUGAGGGGAAAAGGACUGGAUGCUGGCCGAAACAGCUCUUCAACGAUGUUGCUCCCGCAACCUGGGACUGGGCUGACUGGCCUUUAUCUUCUCUGAGGCCAGGGGCGGCCCCGGCCCCCAGGUGACCCGCCUCUCCUGGCCUUAAGGCGAGCACUCCUGGGAGAAACCAGUUCCCUCAGCCUCUCUGCCCUGAGCCUUUGCAGCUCAGGAGAGGCCAGUGGGUUACUGGACCCAGGGGGAGACUCACUUUCCCCUGACAGGGCUGGGAGAGGCGCACCUGUAGGCAAUGCAUCCUCAAUCGCCUCCGGAGCCUGAGUAGCUUCACCUGGUGCCUGCUCCUGAGGAUCCGGCACAGGUGCAGGCACUUCAGAAUCAAGGCCCUGCCCCAGCUCAGCCGGCCCUGGAGGCGGGGACUCCUGUGCAGGCUGGGAUUCCUCCGGUUCAGCCUCUGAAUCGGAUUCCCAGGCCAUCACAUAAAGACAGCAAACUUGCAAGGAGAGGAGACAGGAAGAUUAAAGCAAUGAGGAGAGAAAUUAGAAGAAGCGGAGGAGCAAAAAAACUGCUCCAGCUAAGGAAAAGACGCUAAGGUAAACAAGAGGGAAGGGGGUGUUGAAAGGAAGCAGCUGAGCAGCUGAUCGUCAAGCGAUCAGGAGGGAGAUAAGGGACGCUAGCGAUAAAGGAGGCUGCCUGGGAGGGGGGAGGUAAAAGCACAUGGAUCCUCAGGAUUUUUGCAUUGGGUCACCCCAAAUUCACCAUCAGAUCACAUAGCAUGUCCAUGGCUACAGCCUGCACCAAAAAAAUCACACAUCCACUGUUUUGUGGGGCUGCAAUGGCGCAAAAACUUGGUUACAAAGCAUGGAUCCACAUGGAUCCUCAGGAUUUUUGCAUUGGGCUACCCCAAACUCACCGCCAAAUCACAUAUCAUGUCUGUGGCCACAGCAUGAACCACAAAAAUCAUACAUCCACUGUUUCGUUCAGAAUAUUUUUUUCUUGUUUUCCUCCUCUAAAAACUAGGUGUGUCUUAUGGAGCGAAAAAUACGGUAAAUCUGGCCCUGGGCAGGGCAUACGUUUCUUUGUAUAUUUCCAUACAUAUGGGCCAGAAACUUGGUAUUUUAAAAUGGAAGAGGAGGUAUUGAAGAAUCCAGAUUCAACACCAAAUAUAGGAUUUUACAAACACCUGUGGGCAGGUGGAGGAAUAAAAUUAUGAGCAGAAUAAUAGCAAGUGAACCAUUUAUAUCACCAACAAUUCCAGAACGGAAAUUUCUGUAACAAAACGUUGGUGUGGCAGAAGACAUGGGGAAAGGAUCUGAUGUCAUUAUGCCACAUAGAUCACGCAGAAAACUAUUGAUAAACUGAACCUCCUUUUUAUUCAUUUUUACUUCUAGUGGCAUCAUGAGGCCUGGCAUGAAUGCUAUCCUGGGACCAACGGGAAGCGGCAAAUCUUCGUGAGUAUAUCUUAAGGCCAAAUUCCAAGUGGUGUGGGAAAUCUGUUAUCAGAAAGCUUUGAUUUUUGGAAUUAUUGUUAUUUAAUUAGAAGCUAGUAGCACAUGCUUUAGGGGACGCGGGUGGCGCUGUGGUCUAAACCAUAGAGCCUAGGGCUUGCCGAUCAGAAGGUCGGCGGUUCGAAUCCCCGCAACGGGGUGAGCUCCCGUUGCUCGGUCCCUGCUCCUGCCAACCUAGCAGUUCGAAAGCACGUCAGAGUGCAAGUAGAUAAAUAGGUACCGCUCCGGCGGGAAGGUAAACGGCGAUACCAUGCACUGCUCUGGUUCACCAGAAGCGGCUUAGUCAUGCUGGCCACAUGACCCGGAAGCUGUAUGCCAACUCCCUCGGCCAAUAAAGCGAGAUGAGCGCUGCAACCCCAGAGUCGGUCACGACUGGACCUGAUGGACAGGGGUCCCUUUACCUUUAGCACAUGCUUUGGAGAUGGGUGAGGAUUUUCCUUUCUCUGUCGAAACCGCUUGCUCAGAAGCCUUUCCCCACCCCCUGCUUAUGGAACGGAGAGCAGUUUUGGGGAAGAGGAUUAAGAAAGGAGAAAGGUCCGGGAAAGAAAGGAUUACAAAUCUCCCUUCCAGACACACUUCCUCGGGUUUCAAAGCAAGCCUGUGAAGCUGUGAAUUGGCUUUAAAAUCCUAAUUGCGUAUAAAUUGUCCUUGAAGAAUGCUAUUUGAAGUCACAUGUAAUUGGGGUGCCAUUUGAAAGGGGGGGUCAGGGUGCCUGUGCUUUAAACAACUGCAUACCCUCCAACAUUUCUCCAGUGAAAAAAAGGAUGCCCUAUUCCAUCAUCAUCAUCAUCAUCAUUACUUACACCCCGCCCAUCUGACUGGGUUUCCCCAACCUCUCUGGGCAGCUUCCAACAUAUAUAAAAACAUAAUAAAACAUUUAAUAUUAAAAAAAGUUUCCCUAUACAGUGGUACCUCAGGUUACAUACGCUUCAGGUUACAUACGCUUCAGGUUACAGACUCCGCUAACCCAGAAAUAGUGCUUCAGGUUAAGAACUUUGCUUCAGGAUAAGAACAGAAAUUGUGCUCCGGCGGUGCAGCGGCAGCAGGAGGCCCCAUUAGCUAAAGUGGUGCUUCAGGUUAAGAACAGUUUCAGGUUAAGAACGGACCUCUGGAACGAAGUAUUUAACCCAAGGUACCACUGUACAAUGCUGAGUUGGGGGUUGGAUAACUCCAUACCCUGCAACAUUUCUCCGAUGAAAAUAGGCGUAUCCUAAGGAAAAGUGGGACAUUCCAGGAUCAAAUCAGAACCUGGGACGGCUUUUGUAAAUCCAGGACUGUCCCUGAAGAAUAGGGACAGCGGACAAAAAAGAAAAUGAGGCUUUUCUAAGCCUGCAGAUACAGCGAUGGCAGCACCAACUCAGCUGCUGAAUUUCUUCUUGUCAUGCAGUCAUGGAGCAAAAGGAGCCCUGCCAGACCAAAGUAUUGGAACCACUACUUAUUCAUAGCAAUAAUCCACUACAGUGGUACCUUGGUUUACAACCAUAAUCCGUUCCGGAGGUCCGUUUGUAAACCAAAACAGGUUGCAACCCAAAGCAUGCUUUUGACAAUGGGCCCUCCCAAAAAAAAUUGUUCGUAAUCAGAAAAAUUGUAAUGCAAAAAAAGUUUGCAAACCGGGGCACGCGCUUCUGGGCUUGAUGUGUUUGUAAUCCAAAACGUAUGCAAACCAAGACGUAUGCAAACCAAGGUACCACUGUAAUAACCGGUUUCUCCAAUGUUCCAUUUAAGAGCAUCAUUUGCUUGCUUUCCAGUGGGCUUCCUUAGCACAAGAUUUGAAUUCCUCAUUGGUUCGUUUUAUAUGAUUUAUUUUUUUUGCUUAUCAGUGUUUUUAGAGUGAGAAUGUCUCUUCCAGAGCUGGUUAGGAAUAACACAGUCCUCAGAGUUUGGGUCCAGAAAAAGAACUCACUGUGUUGUUCAUCAUUAUCCCUGUUGGAAAUCGUAGUCUCAAAAGCAGGAGGACUUGACAGAACAUUUUACCAUCUCUAGCCUCCUAGAGACGCGGGUGGCACUGUGGUCUAAACCACUGAGCAUUGGGCUUCCCGAUCAGAAAGUUGGUGGUUCGAAUCCCCGCGAUGGGGUGAGCUCCCAUUGCUCAGUUCUAGCUCUUGCCAACCUAGCAGUUCGAAAGCACAUCAAAAGUGCAAGUAGAUAAAUAGGUACCACUGUGGCGGGAAGGUAAACGGCGUUUCCGUGUGCUGCUCUGGUUCACCAGAAGCGGCUUAGUCAUGCUGGCCACAUGACCCGGAAAAACUGUCUGUGGACAAACGGCGGCUCCCUUGGCCUGUAAAGCGAGAUGAGCAUUGCAGCCCCAGAGCCGUCCGCGACUGAACAACUGUCAGAGGUCUUUUACCUUUACCUUUACCUUUACCUUUACCUUUAGCCUCCUAGAUGUUUUGGCUGCUCGAAAAGAUCCUGCUGGCUUGUCGGGGGAUGUUCUUAUAGAUGGUGUCCCACAACCUCCCAAUUUCAAGUGCAUCUCAGGAUAUGUAGUUCAGGUGAGUGUCUCAGACUUUGGGAUUUUGCUUCUGCUAUAUCUGUUUCCCCCACCACCCCAGUUCUUUUUUUUUUUUUAAGUAAUAUUUAUUACUUUUAAAAAUUACAGAAAAGGAAAAGAAAAAAAACAAAAGAGAAAGAACAAAGAAAGGGGGGAAAAACAAUACAAUACAAUAUAUAACAAUACAAAACACAACCUAAUCACAUUGAACUAAACUAAACAAAACCCUAACCCUAAACAAAACAAAACAAUCACCAUUUAAAAACACAAAUCACACCCUUUCCAUACUCUAUUUUCCAUUCCCUUGUUUCCUCUACUUCCUCUCACCUCCCUUUUUGUAUUCCACUUCUAUUAAUUGUUUCAGCAAACCCUUUCCAUCUUUCUCUAUUUUCUGUCUUAUUAUAAAUAUCUUAACAUAUUUUUUAUCAUUAAAAACUAAAUACUCAUAUAUCCUUAACUCCUUAUAACAUUUCUACUAAAGCCAUAAAAUUUCUUUCCACCAUUUUUCUAUCAUUCAUUAAUUUUGCAAUAUUUCUAUAUAUAAACUUUAAAAUCCCUAAUCUUCAUCCACCAUCUCCUCUCCCUGGUUUCGGAUUCUGCCAGUCCUUUCCGUCAAAUCCAUAUAGUCCAUCAACCUGGAGAUCUUAUGUCCCUGGAGAUUUUCCAGGUCCCUUCUGCAGGUCUUCUUCAUAUUCUUUAGUGCCAAAAAGCAAAUCUCGAGCAAACUCCAACCUAGCAAUACUUUUAUUCCUUCCGGACAAGUCAGCCAAAUUUCCAUAGUUAAGGCUGAGGUCUAUAAGAUGUUUCAUGACGUGUUUCAAUAUUCCUCCAAGUCCCAAGGCCCCCAAAACUCCAGUCUCCUCCAAACCCAAGUCCAUGUCCCAAAAGUCAGUUAAUCCCUGCAUAGAAGGAUCUUUCCAACUUUCCUUCUUCUGUCCAAGCCAGGAUCCAAUCUUCAAAAUCUGACUUUUUCUAGAUUCAAUCGUAGAAGGCCUCAACUUGUAGUCCUCAAUUUGCUUUUGUGUGGCUGAAAAUCCCACUUGUAUUACUUUAGGCUCAGCCACCACAGCUUUCUCUUUCUCCUCCGCAAUCUGUCCAACCAAAGUAGUUUCUUGUGCCAAGUCCUGAAUUGUUCCUGUAUUGAUGCUCACUUUUUGACUCCAAUUAGUUACUUUUUGGUCCAAAACUUUCAUUUGUACCUUGUGUGUCUGAAGUUUUUUGUAACAAGCCUUUGCCUUUUAGGACAGUGGUACCUUGGUUCUCAAGCUUAAUCUGUUCCGGAAGUCCGUUCCAAAACCAAAGCGUUCCAAAACCAAGGCAUGCUUUCCCAUAGAAAGUAAUGCAAAAUGGAUUAAUCCGUUCCAGACUUUUAAAAACCACCCCUUAAACAGCAAUUUAACAUGAAUUGUACUAUCUAAUAAGACCACUGAUCCAUAAAAUGAAAGCAAUAAACAAUGUACUACAGUCACACAAUCAAUCAACCAGUAGCUGAACUGGGUCCCACACAGUCACCAAAAGAAAACAAAAUGAGUCGUAAAAACACAAAAUAAAUAGCAAAACAGACAGACCUCAGCGUAACACUGAAAAUGGAAGUGUGGCACUCAAAAUGGAGCAUGUUCGGCUUUUGAAAAAAGUUUGGAAACCGGAACACUUGCUUCCAGGUUUGCAGUGUUUGGGUUCCAAGUUGUUUGAGUACCAAGGUGUUUGAGAACCAAGGUACCACUGUAAAAGCUUUUUCUUUUGGACCUUUGACUCUGCAUGGUCUUUUUUUAUUUACUGCAAGACUCUGUCUCCGUCAAUAACAACUCUCUGGAUCCUUAACAAACUAAAGCUCCCAGGAUUCCUAGGGGGGAAGCCAUGACUGUUUAAAAUGGUAUGAUGCUGCUUUGAAUUUAUAGGGCAGAUGGGGCCUAAACAGAGAGUAGACCCAUUAAAAUUAAGGGGCUUUCUUGAAGUAAGAGUCAGCUGCUAGUGCGUUCAGUUUCUGCACCUGAAAUGGCAGGGCGGAGGGAAGAAGGAUAUUCCUUUGCAUGUGCUUUCUUACAGUCAAAAUAUUCUGCUUUCAGGAUGAUGUUGUCAUGGGAACAAUGACAGUGAGGGAGAAUCUGCUCUUCUCAGCAGCCUUGCGGCUUCCGAACUCUAUCAGCUUUCAGGAGAAGGAAGAGCGUGUAGUCCAGAUUAUCAAUGAGCUGGGGCUGAGCAAAGUGGCUGAUACUAAGGUGAGCACAUCUUGGGGGUAAUUUAAAAGGUUUUGCUGAUAUUCCCAUAGCUGUUAGCACAAACUUACCGUAUUUUUUGCUCUAUAUGACUCACUUUUUCCCUCCUAAAAAUUAAGGGGAAAUAUGUGUGCGUCUUAUGGAGCGAAUGCAGGCUGCGCAGCUAUCCCAGAAGCCAAAACAGCAAGAGGGAUUGCUGCUUUCACUGCGCAGCGAUCCCUCUUGCUGUUCUGGCUUCUGAGAUUCAGAAUAUUUUUUUUCUUGUUUUCCUCCUCCAAAAACUAGGUGCAUCUUGUGGUCUGGUGCGUCUUAUAGAGCGAAAAAUACGGUAGUGUUAAUAGUGUGACCCUACCCGCCCCAUGUUAGAGAGAGAAGUUUGGAAGAAAGAUCUUUACUCUCUUGUAGCAGAGGGGUGAUUGCUCAAAGCACCUUAAAACUUGGUUAGAUUUACUUAUGCCUUCACCCACCUUUAAACAACUGUUACCCACAAAAUACUUAGGCUAGAAUAAAUCACAGACACUUAGCUUUCCAAAUAAGUGAAGCUUUAUAUUCACAGAGUUUUUGCAGAAGUUACAGCAAACAAGUCUCUAUCUGCUGGUAGCGAAACAAAGAUGAACAAAUAACUUAAAAAGAAAAUGAUUUGGUUGCCUUACAGAAAGGAUCAUGCAAUCUUUGGGUUGGAAAAGAUGCAGGCUGUGAAAUCUCCCUUUUAGAGAGAUUUUAUACACUUGAGCUGGGAGCCAUUCCACAGGGCUUCUUGCUUGUUCCAGGAAGCACAAAGAAAAAGGGGUUGGGACAGAGGCUGCUUUCGUGCACACAGGUGUCAGUCAGUAACUGUAUAGCUUUCUAACUUCUCAGCUUGAAUACCAUAACACCACUUAGAGGUGUUUUUCCAGUGUCUGACGCACACUUGGUAUGCUUAAAUUAAUUUUUUGCAGGUAGGAACUGAACUGAUUCGAGGCGUGUCUGGGGGAGAACGGAAGAGGACUAAUAUAGCAAUGGAACUGAUCACUGAACCACCAGUGCUUUUCCUAGAUGAACCCACUACAGGCCUUGAUGCCAGCACUGCCAACGCUGUUCUCCUCCUGCUAAAGAGGUAAGAAACGCUAUCCCUUCUGGAAACUCUUGGAAGUGCUUAAGGAUAAUAAUAAUAAUACAGUGGUACCUCGGGUUAAGUACUUAAUGCGUUCCGGAGGUCCGUACUUAACCUGAAACUGUUCUUAACCUGAAGCACCACUUUAGCUAAUGGGGCCUCCUGCUGCUGCCGCGCUGCUGUAGCACGAUUUCUGUUCUCAUCCUGAAGCAAAGUUCUUAACCUGAAGCACUAUUUCUGGGUUAGCGGAGUCUGUAACCUGAAGCGUAUGUAACCUGAAGCGUAUGUCACCUGAGGUACCACUGCAAUAAUUAUACAGUCAUACCUCAGGUUACAGAUGCUUCAGGUUGUGUUUUCUCGGGUUAAAGACCCGCCGAAACCCGGAAGUACCAGAACGGGUUACUUCCGGGUUUUGGCGGUCGCACAUGUGCAGAAGUGCUAAAUCGUGCUUUGCGCAUGCGCAGAAGCACAACCCGUGCGUGCACAGAUGUGGUGCUGCGGGUUGCGAACAUGCCUCCCGCACAGAUCACGUUUGCAACACCAGCGUCCACCGUAGUUUUGAUUAUGAAGCAAUUUUUCAAAAUUGUUUUUGCGGGUCUUUGGGCCAUAAUAAAGAAUGUGUGUGUGAUAAUAAUAAUAAUAAUAAUAGCAAUGCCAUAUUUUGGAGGGUAUGGUAGGACAUAUAUAUACCGUAUUUUUCACUCUAUAAGAGGCACCAGACCACAAGACGCACCUAGUUUUUGGAGGAGGAAAACAAGAAACAAAAUAUUCUGAAUCUCAGAAGCCAGAACAGCAAGAGGCAUCGCUGCGCAGUGAAAGCAGCAAUCCCUCUUGCUGUUCUGGCUUUCUGGGAUAGCCGCGCAGCCUGCAUUCGCUCCAUAAGACGCACACACAUUUCCCCUUACUUUUUAGGAGGGAAAAAGUGAGUCUUAUAGAGCAAAAAAUACGGUAUAUACAGUGGUGCCCCGCAAGACGAAUGCCUCGCAAGACGGAAAAACUCGCUAGACGAAAGAGUUUUCCGUUUUUUGAGUCGUUCCGCAAGACGAAUUUCCCUAUGGGCUUGCUUCGCAAGACGAAACGUCUUCUUGCGAGUUUGUUUCCUUUUUCUUAAAGCCGCUAAGCCGUUAAUAGCCGCUAAGCCGCUAAGCCGUUAAUAGCCGCUAAGCCGCUAAUAGCCGCUAAGCAGCUAAUAGCCGUGCUUCGCAAGACGAAAAAACCGCAAGACGAAGAGACUCGCGGAACGGAUUAAUUUCGUCUUGCGAGGCACCACUGUAUAUGUAUAUGUAUGUGUGUGUGUGUGUGUGUGUGUCCUACCAUACCCUACAAAAUUUCUCCAAUGAAAAUAGGGACUCCCAGUGCUGUUUUUCUAGGUGCCGGAACUGUUCUCUUAGAGUGUUCUCUUAGAGUGGCAAUGGGGCUCACCUGAGAGGUGCCGGAACUGUGUUCCGGUGACUCCCAGCUGGGGAAAAAAUCCCUGGGGGCUCCUACUCCAUACCCUCCGACAUUUCUCCAAUGAAAAUAGGAACAUCCUAAGGAAAAGAGGGCAUUCCGGGAUCAAAUCGGACACCAGGACGGCUUCUGCAAAUCUGUGAUUGUCUCUGGGAAAUAGGGACACCUGGAGGGUCUGCAAUGAUGGACCAAUAUAUCGAUAUAUUUAUUUCUACCCUGUCUUUCUGCCAUCAUUGUCCUCAGAUUCACAGAGGAUAAAGGCCAUCUGUGGCACCAAGCAUGAUGCAUAUUUUCUACCCUCCACUGUCAGAAUACCAGCUGCUGGAGAGGAGAAAGAGAUUGUGCUCUGGUCCUGGUCCUGGACUCCCCAUAGACACUUGGUUGGCCACUGUAAGAACAGGAUUCUGGACCAGAUGGGUGUCUGGUCUAAUGCAGCAGUGAUUUCCUUGUGAUCUUAAGGCGCUGUACAUAGGGUCCCCUAGGUUAGGCAUCCCCAAACCUGGCCUUCAAAAUGUUUUGGGACUACAAUUCCCACCAUCCCAGACCACUGGUCCUGUAAUAAUAAUAAUAAUAAUAAUAAUAAUAAUAAUAAUAAUUUAUUUAUACCCCGCCCAUCUGGCUGAGUUUCCCCAGCCACUCUGGGCGGCUUCCAAUCAAGUGUUAAAAACAAUACAGCACCAAAUAUUAAAAACUUCCCUAAACAGGGCUGCCUUCAGGUGUCUUUUUAAAAAAAGAUAGCUGCUUAUUUCCUUCACAUCUGAAGGGAGGGUGUUCCACAGGGUGGGCGCCACUACUGAGAAGGCCCUCUGUCUGGUUCCCUGUAACCUCACUUCUCACAAUGAGGGAACCGCCAGAAGGCUCUCGGUGCUGGAUCUCAGUGUCUGGGCUGAACGAUGGGGGUGGAGAUGCGCGUUCAGGUAUACAGGACCGAGGCCAUUUAGGGCUUUAAAGGUCAGCACCAACACUUUGAAUUGUGCUCGGAAACGUACUGGGAGCCAAUGCAGAUCUCUCAGGACCGGUGUUAUGUGGUCCCGGCGGCCACUCCCAGUCACCAGUCUAGCUGCCGCAUUCUGGAUUAAUUGCAGUUUCCGGGUCACCUUCAAAGGUAGCCCCACGUAGAGCGCAUUGCAGUAGUCCAAGCGGGAGAUAACUAGAGCAUGCACCACUCUGGCGAGACAGUCCACGGGCAGGUAGGGUCUUAGCCUGCGUACCAGGUGGAGCUGGUGGACAGCCGCCCUGGACACAGAAUUAACCUGCGCCUCCAUGGACAGCUGUGAGUCCAAAACGACUCCCAGGCUGCGCACCUGGUCCUUCAGGGGCACAGUUACCUCAUUCAGGACCAGGGAAUCCCCCACAUCCGCCCGCCCCCUGUCCCCCCAAAACAGUACUUCAGUCUUGUCAGGAUUCAACCUCAAUCUGUUAGCCGCCAUCCAUCCACCAACCGCCUCCAGGCACUCACACAGGACCCUCACCGCCUUCACUGGUUCUGAUUUAAAAGAGAGGUAGAGCUGGGUAUCUAGGGAUGAUGGGAGUUGUAGUCCCAAAACAUCUGGAGGGCCGAGUUUGGGGAUGUUGCCCUAGGUGGUCAGCCAUCCAGGCAUUGAGAAACCCAACCUUGCUUAGCUUUAGAAAGCUGGCAGCAUCCUGUUUGUAAAUUUAAGGCCUGGGGGCAGACCUGCGCGGUUUUUGCAUUUUUGCCAUCAUCAUACCUCAUCAAGAGAGCUAAAACUUAAAAGGUGUGGCUUUUCAUCCUAGGCUCUCCAGAAGAGGUAGAACCAUCAUUUUCUCCAUCCACCAACCUCGCUAUUCCAUCUUCAAGCUGUUCGAUAGCUUGACGUUACUGGCUUUGGGGAAGGUACUCUAUCAUGGACCCGCAAAGGAAGCCCUUGGAUAUUUCCAGUCUAUUGGUAAGUUUGCUCUUGUUAUUGUUAGUUUCUGUUUCUCACUAGGCAGCUGCUGGGAAUCACAGGACUCUGUUUACAUUCCAGAGACCUUGCAGUCUCACGGGAAAGGGAGACGGGAUGUGACAUUAGUGGUUUCCUGUUUCCUUUUUUCCUUUGUUCAGUUGCUCUCUGCUUUCGAAGAGAGAGGAUGUAUAUUUCUUAGCUGUCUGCAUAGUAAGAAAUAAAACUCUAUACAAUGUAGCCAAACCUCUCGUCUCUUCCCUGUGCUGGGAACCCUGCUGGAUAGAAUGUGCUUGAGGCCUUAUCAAAGGCUCAGGCCAUUAAACAUGUCGGAGGCGAUUUCAAAGGCUCAGCUCGGAGGAAGAUGAGGCCUUAUCGGCUUGGCCGAGUGGAGAUUCCGACAGUUAUUAUAAGAGUUUGUAGGCGCGGGAAUGUCAGCAAAACUCACCAGAGCAGGGAUUAGAAAACUCAAGGGGUUCACUGAAGCUUUUGUAGACAACUGAGAGCUGCCAAUGACACGCAGAUUUCAUGUCAAGAUCAAGAUUCGCCUUGGAGACCCUAGGAGAGAGACUUCUGGGACUGUCUCUGUCUCUCUCUCUUUUUAAAUAAUUUUUAUUGAUUUUAACAUAUAAAUUAUAAAAUGUACCACAAAACAUAUCACUAAUACAAUCUUUUUAAAUUUCCAUCAGCACCUCUGAUGAUCCACCGUUUUAACCACUUCUUAUGCAUUUCUUAGCUUUAUAUUGCCUUUACAUCUCUUAACAAAUCAUCCUUCCCCUUCUCCAUUUUUGCAAUACUUCCAAUAAUACGCCUCACAAAACUUCUUGCAAACCUACAAACAUCGUCUGAUCUUCGCAAAUACUUUUCAAAUAGUCCGUAAAUUUACUCCAGUCUUCCGUGAAUUUCUAGUCCCGCCGGUUUCAAAUCCUUCCUGUUAGUUUAUCUAGUUCUGCAUAGUCCAUUAACUUCAUCCUCUAUUCUUCAAUCUUCGGUAAUUCUUCUUGCUUCCAUUUUUGGGCCAGUAAUAUUCUUGCUGCUGUUAUUGCAUAUAAAAAGAGCUUACAUUCCUUUCUAUUUAUAUCACUCCCCACAAUGCCCAGUAAAAAUGCUUCUGAUUUCUUUAUAAAUGUAUAUUUCAACAUUUUUUUCAUCUCGUUAUAUAUCAGGGACUGUCUCUGUCUCAGCUGCUUGGGCUGACAGUGGGCGCUUCCAGACAAGCCUUUUAAUGGCCAAUUGCUAUGUCUCCUUUACAUAAUUGUAUGGGGAUUCCAGGAAACAGCACGAGCCAGUUGGGAUUCUUCCAUUCUCUCCCUCCCCCCCCCUGCUUCCUCCAUCUUUCUUCUUGCCACAAAAAAACCCCGUGAAGGAGGGAAAGAGCACGAUAGCAGUGACAUCUCUCUGCAGGUGUGAACAAGAUAAAUUAUGAUUUAGUGCAUAGGCAUAGUGAGAUUUGCCCCUAGGGAAGAAGGCUGUCGUGUUGGGGAUUGCCCUCUCUGUUGUUAGUACAGUGGUACCUCAGGUUAAGUACUUAAUUCAUUCCGGAGGUCUGUUCUUAACCUGAAACUGUUCUUAACCUGAAGCACCACUUUAGCUAAUGGGGCCUCCUGCUGCCUUCGUGCCGCCGGAGCACGAUUUCUGUUCUUAUCCUGAAGCAAAGUUCUUAACCUGAAGCACUAUUUCUGGAUUAGCGGAGUCUGUAACCUGAAGCAUAUGUAACCUGAAGCGUAUGUAACCCGAGGUACCACUGUACAGUCAUACCUCGGGCUACAGAUGCUUCAGGUUGCGUUUUUUCGAGUUACAGACCGCUGAAACCCGGAAGUACUGGAACGGGUUACUUCUGCGUUUCGGUGGUCGCACAUGCGCAGAAGCGCUAAAUCUUGCUUUGUGCAUGCGCAGAAGUGCCGAAUCACAACCCACACGUGCGCAGACGCGCAGCUGCAGGUUGCGAACGCGGCGGGUUGCGAACGUGCAUCCCGCAUGGAUCACGUUCACAACCCAAUCGUCCACUGUAGUGCUGAACACACACACACACACUUUGAAUCCAAAUGUACAGGAUUGCUUCACCUUGCUUUUGUUCCUCUGGUGUCAAAAUUAAGCAUAGAAUCAUAGAGUUGUAGAGUUGGAAGGGACCCCUAGGGCAUUGAUGGCGAACCUUUUAGAGACCGAGUGCCCAAAUUGCAACCCCAAACCCACUUAUUUAUCGCAAAGUGCGAACAAGGCAAUUUCACCUGAAUUGGGGCAUAAUCUGCAAUAGCUUCCACUACUCUGACUCCUAUUUAGCCCUUAAGAAAAAAGGACCUGGUUACCAUAUAGCAUUGUAUCUGGGGAAUUUGUAUGAAGUCUAGGCAAGCUCUCUGCAUUGAAAGAGAAGAUGCCUAUAGAUCUUUUUGCCGUUCAUUAACCCAACAAUUAGAGGGAUGUGGGUGGCGCUGUGGUCUAAACCACAGAGCCUAGGGCUUGCCAAUCGGAAGGUCGGCGGUUCGAAUCCCCGCGAUGGGGUGAGCUCCCAUUGCUCGGUCCCAGCUCCUGCCAACCUAGCAGUUCGAAAGCACCUCAAAGUGCAAGUAGAUAAAUAGGUACCACUCCGGCGGGAAGGUAAAUGGCGUUUCCGUGUGCUGCUCUGGUUCACCAGAAGUGGCUUAGUCAUGCUGGCCACAUGACCCGGAAGGUGUCUGCGGACAAACGCCGGCUCCCUCGGCCUAUAGAGUAAGAUGAGCGCACAACCCCAGAGUCGUCCACGACUGGACCUAAUGGUCAGGGGUCCCUUUACCUUUACCUUUUACCCAACAAUUACCCAUUCUCACCACCAUUGUUUGCCUUCAAGAAGAUAAGUGUAGUUAAUAUAUUUUGACAUCACCACCACAAGACCGGGUUUGUCUUCUCUAUGACAUACUCGUCUUCUCUGUUAGGAUAAAAUACUUGUUUUUGCAGCAGCUGGAGCAGCUUUUAGAGAAAAUAAAUUCCAACAAUGUUUUCCCCACUCCCUCGCCCAGCCCCAACUGGCCCCUAUGCAGGGUGUCCGUCGUGGUCCUGGGUGGACCAUCAACACUCGGUUGAGCUCAUGAAAAAGUACGCAAACAAGUGGUAAGCGAUCAUGGCACGGCAAGACCGGUGGGGCAUGAAGCCCCGAUGUCGGGUGAGGGGCGAUGAGGAUGAGGCGGAGGCGGAGGCGGCCCUGCCUGGCUACUUGGCGCUGGAACAAAGUGGCUUCGUGAAGCUCGCCAGCAAUAAUAAUAAUAAUAAUAAUAAUAAUAAUAAUAAUAAUAUAAUUAUACCCCGCCCAUCUGGCUGGGCUUCCCCAGCCACUCUGUGCAGGUUCCAACAGAACACUAAAAUACAAUAACCUAUUAAACAUUAAAAGCUUCCCUAAACAGGGCUGCCUUCAGAUGUCUUCUAAAAGUCUGGUAGCUGUUGUUCUCUUUGACAUCUGGUGGGAGGGCGUUCUACAGAGUGGGUGCCACUACCGAGAAGGCUCUCUGCCUGGUUCCCUGUGACUUGGCUUCUGUCAGUGAGGGAACCACCAGAAGGCCCUUGGCGCUGGACCUCAGUGUCUGGGUAGAAUGAUGGGGGUGGAGAUGCUCCUUCAGGUUUACUGGACCAAGGCCAUCCUCCCCUGCCGGCUGCCGUGAAAUGCGUCCUGCCCUGUGCCUCCAUUGGCCCCGACCAGAGGGUGUGUAAACCUCAACAUCGCAGCAGGAAGAGGAAGAAGGCAGCUGCUCAGCUGACCAAGCUGAGCUGAGGACUUGACGCAUCGCCCUCACCUUCUGCCAGCUCUGUGCUGGGGUGACGGCUGCAUGCCCACGGAGAGGGCUUUGAGUGCCACUACUGCCCUAGUAGAGGUUUGCCACUAGUGCCCUAGGGUCAUCUAGGGUCCAACCCCCUGCAACGUGAGCUGGAAAGUGUACAUUUAUCAGGUGGGCUUGACAAUGUGGGUGUGCCUGCCCUGAUGACAUGCCUAUCAGCGCAUGGGAUUGUUGUAAACAAAAAUCUGCCCUUUUUUCCCUUAUGGGGUAUCCAAGAGCCCAUAUAGAGUCCUUACGUGGGUUCCCUAUUAGUAGGAGAAAAUAACAGAGGCCCACCAGAGAAUAUUGAGAAGCAAAGCAGCUAGUAAGCCUGAUCUUUAUUGAUCUGUUGCAACAGGGUCCUCACUCACCACAUGCAGGAGAGAGGAGGAACCCUGAACAAAGGUGUGCCUGCCCUUAUAUGUUGCUGUUGUUGUUUAGUCAUGUUGGACUCUUUGUGACCCCAUGGACCAGAGCACGCCAGGCACUCCUGUCUUCCACUGCCUCCCACAGUUUGGUCAAACUCAUGCUGGUAGCUUCGAGAACAAUAUCCAACCAUCUCGUCCUCUGCCAUCCCCUUUUCCUUGUGCCCUCCAUCUUUCCCAACAUCAGGGUCUUUUCCAGGGACUCUUCUCUUCUCAUGAGGUGGCCAAAGUAUUGGAGCCUCAGCUUCAGGAUCUGUCCUUCCAGUGAGCACUCAGGGCUGAUUUCCUUCAGAAUGGAUAGGUUUGAUCUUCUUGCAGUCCAUGGGACUCUCAAGAGUCUCCUCCAGCAACCCUUAUAUAGACAUUUUUAAUUCCCUGCCCUGGAGCUCAAGACCACCCCUCCAUACAUCAUACCUACAUCACAGAAAGAAAUCUGUUUAUCUACCGCAGAAAUCUGUUUAUCUCGUCUGACAGGUUACCUGUUUAAUGGUCACUUGACUGGAUUGCCUGGGGAGCCUGGCCAGUCUUUUGUAAUGAUAAAUACCGUAUUUUUCGCCCCAUAGGACGCACUGCCCUAUAGGACGCACCUAGGUUUUUUUUGGGGGGGGGGAAAUAAAGGGGAAAAAAAUUAUUUCCCCCCCAGGCACAGGGCUGGCGCGGGGGGAAGCCCGAGCUUCCCCCGACCCCAGCCCCCAGAACAGCCUGCUAUUUGCAAGCCUAGGGAGCCUCGCCGGUCUCCCCAGGAUUGCAGACAGCUGUGUGAAGCCCGGGCGUGCUCUUCAGCGCGCCCGAGGCUUCGGAAUGCAGGCAGCUCUGCGCAACCCUCCGGAGGCCGGCGCGGCUUGGCGCCGGGCUCCGGGGGGUCGCACAGAGCUUCCUGAAGCCUGUAUUCACCCCAUAGGACGCACCCACAUUUCCCCUUCAUUUUUGGAGGGGAAAAAGUGCGUCCUAUAGGGCGAAAAAUAUGGUACUUAGUUCCUGAGCCAGGUCACAGGUUCACACCCUAUUCAUAUCUUAAAUGUGCCCUUGAGACAGGAUUUGUGAAGGAAAAGACAAUGGGGAGGCUUUUCCAUUUUCCUUUGACUUUGCAUAGAAAGCAUCUGGUCAGUUUGGGAAUAAAAAAUGGUUUCAGGUCGGUCUUCCUGUGCUGAUCUAUGUACGUGCUUUGUUGGUACACUUAUGAACAUUUAACAUAUAUCUAAGACCUCAAAAUUCCUAUCACAGGAUAAAUAAUCAUAGAAAAAGAGGCACGCACACGUCAGCUUCCAUAGCACACUUAGAUAUCGAGCCUCCCUUGUGUGUUAAGGUGUGGUUUAUAUGGGUUGAAGACAACUCCCUAUUCCAUUCUUAAGUAAAGAAGUUGGGUUUCCAGGAUACAAGUCUGGGGCUUAAGAGUUGUGGCAUUGUUUCUCAGCUCUGAGUAACAGUUUUUAUUUAUUUAUUCAUUAUUAGAACUACAAUUUAUUACCUGUUGUUUACUCCAAGGUUCUGGGGCAGGUAACAAGGGAAACAUUUGGUGUUAGUCUCGUUCAUACCUGUGUUUAAAACCAAUUUGCUUAGAAGUCUCAUUUGUUACAUAAAUGUGCUCUGGAACGCAGCUGUGGUGACUCACGUCGUCACCUGUGUUGUUGGGGAAAGACCACUCCCAUUGAGGUAAAAUACCGUAUUUUUCGCUCUAUAAGACGCACCAGACCACAAGUCGCACCUAGUUUUUGGAGGAGGAAAACAAGAAAAAAAAUAUUCUGAAUCUCAGAAGCCAGAACAGCAAGAGGGAUCGCUGCACAGUGAAAGCAGCAGUCCUCUUGCUGUUCUGGCUUCUGGGAUAGCUGCGCAGCCUGCAUUCGCUCCAUAAGACGCACACACAUUUCCCCUUACUUUUUAGGAGGGAAAAAGUGAGUCUUAUAGAGCAAAAAUACAGUAGGUGCUAGCAGUGGGGAAGUACAACUUCCACAAAAGUUUUUAUUUGACAUAACUUACUUGAUUGAUUGAUUGAUUGAUUGAUUGAUUUCUUGUUUUUCACUGCUGCUUUUCCUUCAAAUGAAUCUCAAAGCAGCUUACCAACAAUAAAUAACAAUAUAAUAGGUAGAGCAUGAGACUCUUAAUCUCAGGAUCCUGGGUUCGAAUCCCAUGUUGGGUGAAGGAUUCCUGCAUUACAGAGGGUUGGACUAGAUCAGGGGUCAGCAAAUUUUCCCUGUCCCUCAGACCUUGUGGGGUGGGGGGGCGCCAGACUAUAUUUUGAAGAAGAAAAUGAACAAAUUCCUAUGCCCCACAAAUAACCCAGAGACGCAUUUUAAAUAAAAGGACACAUUCUACUCUCGUAAAAACACGCUGAUUCCCAGACCGUACGCGGGCCGGAUUUAGAAGGCGAUUGGGCCAGAUCCAGCCCCCGGGCCUUAGUUUGCCUACCCAUGGGUUAGAUGAUCCUUGUGGUCCCAUCCAACUCCAUUAUUCUGUGAUUCCAUGAUCACAAAUGCAGGAUAAAUCAUAUAAAAUAAUUAGCAAAUGAACACAAUUUUCCUGCCUCUAUUCACUAAACAUUUUCCUUUAAACGUAAGUUGUUCUUGUUCUCUUAUUUUAUAUGUUAGGUCCGCAAGCUGCGCAUAUUCCAUCAAUUUAAGUUGCCAAUCUUCCUUAGUUGGGACUUCGAUCGUUUUCCAUUUUGGGGCUAACAAAACAUGAGCCCAUAGAGUGGCAUACAUAAAUAACCUUUUCCAGCACCUGGGAAUUUCCGUCUGAGUUAUUCCAAACAAAAGGAACUCUGGUUUGUUUGUUUUUUAAAGUACUUAAAACCAUUUCCCCCCAUUCAUUAUGAAUUAUUUCCCAAUAUAGUCGUACCUUGGUUUUCGAACAGCUUAGUUCUCGAACGUUCUGGCUCCCGAUCGCCGCAAACACGGAAGUCCAUGUUCCGGUUUGCGAACCGUUUUUGGAAGCCGAACGUCCAACGGGCCUUCCGCAGCUUCCAAUUGGCUGCAGGAGCUUCCUACAGCCAAUCAGAAGCCGCGCUUUGGUUUCCAAAUGUUUUGGAAGUCGAACGGUACGACUGUACUCUUUUACCCUUUUCCAGGUCCACCACAUAUGAAAGAAUGUACCCUCAGUCUCAUUACAUCUCCAACGCUUACUCUCUUUCUGUCUUUACAGGGUAUGAGUGUGAGCCUUUCAAUAACCCAGCUGACUUCUUCCUGGACGUGAUCAAUGGUGACUCCACGGCUGUAGCUGCAAGCAAAUGUGGUCAGAAACUUAAGAAAACCGACGAUCAGGAGCACGUAGGUAAGAAGCUGACAUCGGGGGAGGUUCUUGAUCACCACUGGGGAUCUAGUACAGUGGUACAGUGGUGCCCCGCAAGAUGAAUGCCUCGCAAGACGACAAACUCGCUAGACGAAAGAGUUUUCCGUUUUUUGAGUGGUUCCGCAAUACGAAUUUCCCUAUGGGCUUGCUUCGCAAGACGAAACGUCUUGUGAGUUCUUGCGAGUUUAUUUCCUUUUUCUUAAAGCCGCUAAGGCGUUAAUAGCCGCUAAGUCGCUAAGCCGCUAAUAGCCGCUAAGCCGCUAAUAGCCGUGCUUCGCAAGACGAAAAAACCGCAAGACGAAGAGACUCGCGGAACGGAUUAAUUUCGUCUUGCGAGGCACCACUGUACCUCCAGUUUUGAAUGAGAUCCGUUCCGGAGGUCCAGCCACAUCCCGAGGAAUUCGCAACCGGAGGACUGUUUCUGCGCAUGCGCGCAUAGAGCACUUUUGUGCAUGUGCGAGCGGUGAAACCUGGAAAAAUACUUCUGGGUUUGCCGCUUUCACAACCCAAACUUUACGUUAUCCAAGGCUAACGUAAGCAGAGGGUCCACUGUACUAUAUUUCUGAAAAGCAUUCUAUUAUAUAGUCCUAAAAAACGGGGGAGAUGUGAGUGGCGCUGUGGUCUAAACCACAGAGCCUAGGGCUUGCCGAUCAGAAGGUCGGUGGUUCGAAUCCCCGCGACGGGGUGAGCUCCCGUUGUUCGGUCCCUGCUCCUGCCUACCUAGCUGUUUGAAAGCACGUCAAAGCGCAAGUAGAUAAAUAGGUACCGUUCUGGUGGGAAGGUAAAGGCGUUUCCGUGUGCUGCUCUGGUUUGCCAGAAGUGGCUUAGUCAUGCUGGCCACAUGACCCGGAAGCUGUCUGCGGACAAACGCCGGCUCCCUCUGCCUAUAGAGUGAGAUGAGCCUGCAGCCCCAGAGUCGUCCGUGACUGGACUUGACGGUCAGUGGUCCCUUUACCUUUACCUUUAAAAAACGGGGGGUGGGGUCCCUUUUUUGUUUUCCCCCAGAAACCAGUAAUGAAAAUGGCAUGGAAGAGGAAGGCGUGGAGAAGACACUGGUGGACUCCUUGCACGAGAAAUACCUCAGCUCCUCCCAGUACGAGAGCAUGAUGGAGCAGCUGAAGAAAUAUGAAAAUCUCCACGGGCUCCCUCAGAAGAAGCCGAAGCUGAAGAAUCAAGUGACCUAUGCCAACGGCUUCCUCACUCAGCUCUACUGGGUGUCUCAGCGCUCCCUCAAAAACCUCAUCCGAAACCCCCAAGCUUCUGUGGCGCAAGUAAGGAGCAGAACCGUCUGCUAUUGUGGACCCUCAAGUGAGAACGUCUGGUGUCAUAGCAGGGUGCUUGUGGCUGGAGGUCCUAGUCUAAAAACGAUAAACCUUCACCGGGGUCAGCUGGCUUCACAGUCCCGCUAAGGGUCCUUAUCUUCCCGGGACAGUCCCGGAUUUGCAGAAGCCCUCCCGGUUCCUGAUUUGAUCCCGGAAUGUCCCGCUUUUCCUUAGGACGUCCCUAUUUUCAUCAGGGAAAUGUUGGAGGGUAUGGUAGGACGUUCUUAUUUUUAUUGGAGGGCAUGCAGUUAUGCGACCCCCAAGCCAAUGAGAUACGUAGCUAUACAACCUUUAGAAGACAUCUGAAGGCAGCCCUGUAGAGAGAAGUUUUUUAAUGUUUAAUGUUUUAUGAUAAAAAAAAAAAUUUCUUCCAGUAGCACCUUAGAGACCAACUAAGUUUGUUAUUGGUAUGAGCUUUUGUGUGCAUGCACACUUCUUCACAUAUAUAAAAAUACUAUUAUGUUUUUAUAUACAGUGGUACCUCUGGAUGUGCACAGGAUCCGUUCCGGAGCCCCGUUCGCAUCCUGAGUAGAACGUAACGCGCGACUGCAUGUCUGCACGUCUGCACGUACAUGGGUCGCAUUUCGCCACUUCUGCGCAUUCGUGUGAUGCCAUUUUUGAGCAUCUGCGCAUGCGCGAGCGGCGAAACCCGGAAGUAACACACUCCAUUACUUCCGGGUCACCCGGAACUUGAAAACGCUCAACCUAAAGCACAUUUAACCCCGAGGUAUGACUGUAUGUUGGAAGCUGCUCAGAAUGGCUGGGGCAAGCCAGCCAGAUAGGCAGGGUAAAUAAUAAUAAUAAUAAUAAUAAUAAUAAUAAUAAUAAUAAUAUAGAUGUCUUUAUUUUCAUUGGAGAAAUAUUGGAGGGCAUGGCUUCAGUGGCACUGAACUGACCUUAAACAAAAAUAUUCUAACUCGGCUGGUUGGUUUUAACUGUUUUUUGGAUGGGAUUCAAACAUACUCAGUAAGCCCACAACUUACAUGCAUUUGACCUGUGCGCAUUCAGCUGUACACACAUGGCAAAAAAUUACAAAAAUAUUUAACGGGAACGGGGUUCCAGGAAAAAUGACUUUGGCAAUCCCAUCCACCAUUAUGUCUUGACUAUGCAUGAUUUUGGCUUUUGGCGCAAUCCCCAGAAUGUAACAGCAGUGUAAGCUGUGGGCUCACUGUAUUGGCAAAUCCAGCUUGCUAAAUUAUAGCAGGUGGGGAGGUCUUGCACAACUAACCCCCUUCCUUAAAAGACUGGACUGUUUGCAGCAAGGAAAGUGAUGGGCAAAGAGCACUUGAAAGGGUAGAUAGAGUUGCCAUAUGGCGGAAGUGAUGUGCAGGAGGGAAUUUUCUGGAUUUUCGCAUUUUUUCCAGAAAAAGCUCAACAACCGUGGCGUUUUCCUAAAACAAGCCCAACAACUUUGGGGAUUUUCUUUUUUAAAAGGACAACAAAUUUGUCUGUGCCAGAUUUUCACUUCUUGAAACAUGGCAACCCUAGCUUGUGUUGAUGCGGCAACAUCUCAUCUCCCUUCAAGCAAAUCGAAAUGCAUGCUCAAUAAGCAGGCAGUGGCGUUGCAACGGGUGGGGGGGGAGGGGGCUGUGCGCCCUGGGUGCCAUGUCUGGGGGGGUGACAAGAAGGCAACCCGCAGGGGAUCGCCCUGCCGCCGUGGUGCGAGCAGCCACCGCGCCGCCGUUGCCGCAUGUGGAGGAUCCUCCGUUCGUGGCUGCAGCCACGAGCAGAGGAUCCCAGCGCCGGCGGCAAACCACUAUGUACAGCGUAUAUGUGGCGUCACAUGCAUGCACGGUAUGUAACAACGCCACACAUGCGCUGUACAUUGCGGUUUGCCGCCGGCACCGCUGGAGCACUGUACGGACGGCGUUGGGAUCCCUCUGUCGCCACUACAGCCGCAUAUAGAGGGUGCUCUGUUCGCGGCUGCAGCCGCAAACAGAGGAUGUCAGUAUCAUCCGUACAGCGCGGGAGCGCCGGCAGCAGCAAACCGCUAUGUACAGUGCAUGUGCAGCGGUGCUAUGUACAGCGCAUGCGCCGUACAUAGUGAUGCUGCUAAUAAUAAUAAUAAUAAUAAUAAUAAUAAUUUUAAUUUAGUAUACCCCUCCCUCCCCAGCCAAGACCGGGCUCAGGGCAGCUAACAACCAAUAAUAAAAACAAGUUGAUUAAAAUACAAUUUAAAAGAUUAAGAUACACAUUAAAACAUUAGGAUACAGUCUCUUCAUAGGAGGAGAAAGGAAAAAGAGAGAGGGGGAGGGAAUCAAACUGGCUCCAAGCCAAAGGCCAGGUGGAACAACUAUGUCUUGCAGGCCCUGUGGAAAGAAAUCAGAUCCUGCAGAGCCCUGGUCUCAUGAGGCAGAGCGUUCCACCAGGCUGGAGCCAGUGUUGAGAAGGCCCUGGCUCUGGUUGAGGCUAAUCUGACUUCCUUAGGGCCUGGGACCACCAGGGUGUUGCUAUUUAUGGACCUUAAGGUCCUCCAUGGGGCAUACUGGGAGAGGCGGUCCCGUAGGUACGAGGGUCCUAAUCAAAUCAAAUCAAAUCAAAAUGCAUGCUCAAUAAGCAGGGAGUGGCAUCACAACGGGGGGGCGGUGCGCCCUAGGUGCCGUGUCUGGGGGGGGGGUGUGACAAGAAGUCAACCCGCGGGGGCUCGCCCUGCCGCGAGCAGCCAUCGCGCCGCCAUUGCCGCAUGUGGAGGAUCCUCCGUUCGUGGCUGCAGCUGUGAGCAGAGGAUCCUAGCGCCAGCAGCAAACCGCUAUGUGCAGCGCAUGUGCAGCGUCGCAUGCACUGUAUGUAACAACACCGCACAUGCGCUGUACAUUGCGGUUUGCCACCGGCGCUGCUGGAGCACUGUACGGAUGGCGUUGGGAUCCUGCUGUCGCCACUACAGCCGCAUAUAGAGGAUCCCAGCACUGUCCGUACAGUACAGGAGCGCCUGCAGCAGCAAACCGCUAUGUACAGCGCAUGUGCGGUGGCACUAUGUACAGCGCAUGCAUCGUACGUAGCGACGCCGCACAUUAUAAUGAUAAUAAAUUUUUAUUUAUACCCCACCCUCCCCAGCCAUGACCGAGCUCAGGGCGGAUAAAAACCAAUAAUAAAAACAAGUUGAUUAAAACACAAUUUAAAAGAUUAAGAUACAACAUUAAAACAUUAGGAUACAGUCUCUUCAUAGGAGGAGAAAGGAAAAAGAGAGAGGGGGAGGGAAUCAAACUGAUUCUAAGCCAAAGGCCAGGUGGAACAACUCUGUCUUACAGGCCUUGCGGAAAGAAAUCAGAUCCCGCAGGGCCCUGGUCUCAUGAGACAGAGUGUUCCACCAGGCUGGAGCCAGUGUUGAAAAGGCCCUGGCUCUGGUUGAGGCUAAUCUAACUUCCUUAGGGCCCGGGACCACUAGGGUGUUGCUAUUUAUGGACCUUAAGGUCCUCCGUGGGGCAUACCAGGAGAGGCAGUCCCGUAGGUAGGAGGGGCCCUACGUAUCGAUGCCUCGCCCCCGGUGUUACAACGCCUUCGUUCGCCCCUGUAAACCUGUUAUCUGAAAGCACCCUGAACUAAUUCCGAGCCUGUGGAUAUCAUUGCCUUCCUUGUUUGUUUUGUUCAGGAUGGUCAGAUACCCUUUGACCGUUGCAUUCUGUUGCUGUGCCAGUGGACGGGUACAUAAUUAAUCUCUUUUUCCUUUCCCACAUUCCAGGUCCUUGUGACAGUUGUCCUGGCACUGAUCGUGGGGGCCAUUUUCUUUGGUGUAAAACUUGAUCAAAGCGGCAUUCAAAACCGGUAAUCCCUGAUGCUUUUCUCGAGGUUUAUUUUCCAUGAUAUCAUUAUUAAUUUUUAAAUAACUUUUGUUAGUUUUACAUCUAAUCACAUUGGCUCAUAUAUAAUUGGCUCAUAUAUAAUUGGCUCAUAUAGAAUCACUUUGGCUCAACUGAGCCAUUUUAGGUAAUGGUAUAACAAGAAUAGGAAAGGGAGUAAAAAGCAAAGAUGCAAAAAUUAAUUUUGUAAACCUUUAGCCGGGAGAGAGGGAAGUUGUUCCCUGCCUCCCGGCUAAUGGUUUGCAAAAUUACCGUAUUUUUCACUCUAUAGGACGCACUUUUUCCCCUCCAAAAAUUAAGGGGAAAUGUGUGUGCGUCCUAUAGAGCGAACGCAGGCUGCAUGGCUAAGCCCAAAGCCAGAACAGGGAGACGGAGCGCUGUUCUAGCUUGGGGUUAGCUGUGCAAAGCCUCCGCAAGGCAGCGGGGUGAAGGCACCCCGCUGCUCUGCGGAGGCUUCAAAGGCUGUGCUCUGGGGGCUUCAGGCAGCUAUCCGCAAGCCUUUGGAGCACGGCAGGAGUUCCCGCUGCCUCCAAAGGCUUGCAGAUGGCCGCCUGAAGCCUGGAGAGCGAGAGGGGUCGGUGCACACCGAUCCCUCUUGCUCUCCAGGCUUCGCUUCGCUGGAGAGGUGCUGCACAGUUUUCCCUCUCUGCGCAGCACCCCUUCAGUGAAGUGGGAGGAGAAAUGGAAGGGGCUCCGUUUCUCCUGCCGCUUCGCUGAAGGGGCGCUGCGCAGAGAGGGGGAGAAUUUUUUUUUUCCUGUUCUCCUCCUCCUAUGGUCCGGUGCGUCCUAUGGUCCGGUGCAUCCUAUAGAGCGAAAAAUAUGGUAAUUUCCUUUUUAUUUUUGGAGUUGAAACAAACGCAGCCAUAUGACCUAUGAGCAGUUCUUGAAAAGAUGCUCUAACGUACCCUACUCUAAGGUCAAGAGCUAUCUCAGUUUAACAGCAGAAAACCACGGUGACUUGCCUGCAUAAGAAAUAAUAUGUGUUCCUACCAUAGGGUUCAGUGAUCCUACAGAAAGCUUCCGAAGCAGUUAAUGAAGGUAGCUGCCUUACUUUUGGUUGCUUCUUUCAGAGUUGGAUCUUUGUUUUUCGUAACCACAAACCAGUGCUUCUCCAGUGUGUCGGCAAUCGAGCUGUUUAUCAGGGAUAAGAAGUUGUUUGUGUAAGUAUCAAACCUCCUCUAAGGAAAUGGGGAGGCAGCAGGGAAGGGCAGAUGGAUUUGUUAGUGGAAAAGAGGGGCUGGUUGAUAUGAUACAAUAAUCUUUAUUGUCAUUGUCCCAUGCAGAACAACGAAAUUGAAAAAAAUCUACUUCAGACAUUCAAAAACCAACAAGCCUGCUAUCCCAGCUAUCCCAGCCUGGUUAGCCCCCUAAAAACUCUGAUACCCCAUAAUUAAAUAUAAUAUACUCCAACAGAGACUACCCUAAGGUAAAGGUAAAGGGACCCCGGACCAUUAGGUCCAGUCGUGGCCGACUCAGGGGUUGCGCUACUCAUCUCGCUUUAUUGGCCGGGGGAGUUGGCAUUUGUCUGCAGACAGCUUCUGGGUCACGGGGCCAGCAUGACUAAGCCGCUUCUAGCAAACCAGAGCAGCACACGGAAACGCCGUUUACCUUCCCACCGGAGCGGUACCUAUUUAUCUACUUGCACUUUGACGUGCUUUCGAACUGCUAGGUUGGCAGGAGCAGGGACCGAGCAAUGGGAGCUCACCCCGUCACGGGGAUUCAAACUGCCAACCUUCUGAUUGGCAAGCCCUAGGCUCUGUGGUUUAACCCACAGCGCCACCCGCGUCCCAGAGACUACCUUACACUGCAUUUAAAACCAAAAUCGCAUUUGGAUAAAAACUGUUUCUCAGACAGCUAGUCCUGGUCUUUAUAACCCUGUACCUUCUUCCAGAAGGCAGAAGCUGAAAGAGGUCAUUUCCGGGGUGCCUACUAUCCUGCACUAUUUCUGCAGCUUUCUUAUGACACCUGGAAGCCUAGAUUUUAUAGAAUUGUAACGUUGGAAGGGACCCUGAGGAUCUUCUAGUCUGACCCCCUGAAUCCAGCUGUCCCAUAUGGGGAUUGAACCCGCAGCUUUGGCACUAUCAGCGCCGUGCUCUAACCAACUGAGCUACCCCGUUUCCUUGAAAUAAGUUCCUUUUUUAAUUUCUAGCGUCUGGGAUAAUGCAAAACCCUAGGCCAGGAGUCGGCAAAGUUUUUGUGGCUUGGGGCUGUUCAUGGUCUCGCAGAUGCCGCUGUGGGCAGUAGUGUGGGCAGUAGUAGUUGGCUUCCUGCAGCCAAUGGGAAGCCUGCCAGCGUUGCGGAAGGUGGUCCCCGCUCUGCUCUGUGUCGAUUUAGCACGACAUACGGGAGCCGGCCAAGUGGGAGGCAGGGGUCCAUGGGCCGGUUAAACAACCCCCAUGGGCCACUUGUGACCCAUGGGCCUUGGGUUGCUGACCCCUGCCCUAGGCCUAGUUCGCACUGAGGUGGUAAAUCCGUGGGCUGAAUCCCUUCAGAGUGUAGUCCUUCCCAGUGCUUUUUUUCUUUAAAAAAUGUUUAGGGGUACAGUGGACGCUCAGGUUGUGAACGGGAUCUGUGCGGGAUGCACAUUCGCAACCCGCAGUGGCACAUCUACACACACACGGGUUGCGAUUCGGCACUUCUGCGAAUGCGCAAAGCGCGAUUUAGCAGUUCUGUGCAUUCGUGACCCCCGAAACCCGGAAGUAACCCAUUCCGGUACUUCCAGGUUUCGGCGGUCCAUAACCCAAAAAAAUGCAACCUGAAGCAGCUGUAACCCAAGGUAUGACUGUACAGUGGUACCUCGGGUUACAUACACUUCAGGUUACAUACGCUUCAGGUUACAGACUCCACUAACCCAGAAAUAGUGCUUCAGGUUAAGAACUUUGCUUCAGGAUGAGAACAGAAAUUGUGCUCCGGCGGCGCAGCAGCAGCAGGAGGCCCCAUUAGCUAAAGUGGUGCUUCAGGUUAAGAACAGUUUCAGGUUAAGUACAGACCUCUGGAACGGAUUAAGUACUUAACCCGAGGUACCACUGUACUACACUCUGUAUUCAUUCAAUACAGCAUGUCGUUUGCCCUGUAUUUCCGCUCUGCUGUGUGCCUCGGACGUGACUUCUGGUGUUUCACGAGGCACCAGAAGUUGCGUUGGGGGCCAUGCGGUGUGGGUGCUGGGCACCCACCCAAAAAAUUUGGUGGGUGCUCAAGCACCCAGAGCCCCCUAGAGAUGGCACCGUUGGAGGGCAGGGGAGAAGAUGAGGGUGAAGGAGACUGAGCGGAGAUAUGAUAGACAUCUUCAAGUAUCUGAAGGGCUGUCACAUGGAGGAGGGAACAAGCUGGUUUUCUUCUGCCCUGGAGUGUGGGACCAGAACCCAUGGCUUCAAGUUACAAGAAAGGAGAUCCCAACUAAACAUCAGGAAGAACUUCCUGACAAUAAGAGUUGUUCAAUAGUGGAAUGGUCUCCCUUGAGAGGUUGUGAACUCUCCUUCCUUGGAGGUUUAGAAGCAGAGGUUGGGUAGCCAUCUAUCAUAGAUGCAUGCAUGACCCCUGAAACCCGGAAGUAACCCAUUCCGGUAUUUCCAGGUUUCGGCAGUCCAUAACCUGAAAAAACGCAACCUGAAGUGUCUGUAACACGAGGUAUGACUGUACUCUCAUUCUGUCUGAGACUCAGGAAACACCAGGACAGGAAAUAAGGCUGCGGUUGGGGGUAGCAACGGAAGUGACAAUUCACCGUGCUAUUCAACAGAACGGAUGAUUCACCCUUUCCCUGACAUCUAAUGCUUUAUGUUGAGAUGCCUGCAUUUGCAGGGGCUUAAAUGAGAUGACUCUCAGGGUCCUUUCCAACUCUCUUUUACUCUCGCAAGAUGGAAUGUACAGUGGUACCUCAGGUUACAUACGCUUCAGGUUACAUACGCUUCAGGUUACAGACUCCGCUAACCCAGAAAUAGUACCUCGGGUUAAGAACUUUGCUUCAGGAUGAGAACAGAAAUCGUACUCCGGCGGCACAGCGGCAGCAGGAGGCCCCAUUAGUUAAUGUGGUCUUCAGGUUAAGAACAGUUUCAGGUUAAGAACAGACCUCCGGAACAAAUUAAGUACUUAACCCGAGGUACCACUGUAUUGCCCUCGGCUGUACUUGAGGGACGAUUCCAACAGAUUCCACACAAAAACGCUUAUGUCCCUGUGGAGAUGGCAGUCCCGAAUCAGUGGCGCAUGCCCUUCUGGCUUGCCCUCUUUAUAAAGGCUUGAGGAAUGAGAUUAUCACCCUUCUUUUAUUGUCCAUUCCGGGUCGCCCAACCACUGCCACAAUGUCCUUUCUCUUGGCAGAUCAAGAUGAGCGGGUGACAGCAAAGGUUGCAAGGUUUUAAGCUGGGGCAAUCAGAAUAAGACCCACUAUUUGACUGUUGAUUCAGGACCCUAAAGUGUAUAAUUGACUUUAUAAUUUCUAUUCUUUAUAUAUUGUAUUGUUGUUUUAUUGCUAUGGCCGAUGGCUGAAGCAAAUAAAGGUUCAUUCGUUCCUUCAUUCAUUUCCUCCCAACUCUAUACUCUAUGAUUCUAUGAGUUAGUAGGAAGUUUCAAAGCACAGGGGGUGGCUAACCUCAUUUGGGCUGAGGGCUGCACUCACCCAUGGCCAAUCCUCCAGGAAUUGCAUAUAAAAAUGGGUGUGGUUGAAGUUUAUAAGCAGGCAUGACCAUUUUUUUAUAUAAAAAGGGGGGGUGUAAAAAAAACAAAAACCUUUUGGGAGUACAGUACAGUGAUACCUGGGGUUAAGAACUUAAUUCGUUCCGGAGGUCCGUUCUUAACCUGAAACUUUUCUUAACCUGAGAUACCACUAAUGGGGCCUCCCGCUGCCACCACACCGCCACCAUGCGAUUUCUGUUAUCAUCCUGAAGCAAAGUUCUUAACCCGAGGUGCUAUUUCUGGGUUAGCGGAGUCUGUAACCUGAAGCGUAUGUAACCUGAAGCGUCUGUAAUACGAGGUACCACUGUACAGUGGUACCUUGGUUGUCAAACUUAAUCCAUUCCAGGAGUUGUUCGACUCCCAGAACAGUUUGAAAACCCAGGCGUGGCUUCCGAUUGGCUGCAGGAGCUUCCUGCACUCAAUCAGAAGCCUCGUCAGACGUCCGGCUUCGCUUCCAAAAAACGUUCACAAACCGGAACACUCACUUUCAGGUUUGUGGCGUUCAGGAACCGAUUUGUUCAGGAGCCAACAACCAAAGUACCACUGUAUUGCAGCUGGAAACAUAUGGGAGCAGUGAACAGUUCUCAGUAUGUUAACUACAUACUGUCAGUUCACAUCCCAUGUGGACCACUGCAGUGUGAGAACAGCGCAAGUAGAAUACCCUUCACUGAUAAAGCAUGGAAAUCCAUCAAAGAGCUGCGCCGAGUCUGGUAAAGCCUGAUGUGAUAAUUGGUCCUUGACUUCUUGGAAGCAAAUCCCAUUAGCUCAUGAAAAUGGAAUUUCUGUAGCUCUGGGCAGUAUUUCAACACUAGCGUGAGUUUGAGAAAACUAUGUAGAGGAUCAGAACACACACGUACCAAAGCUGAGCAGGUCUAGUGGUGAUGUUUCCAUGAGGGAGAUUGCUUGGGAAUGCUGAGAAUGUCUCCUUGAGCUCCAUGUCAGGAAUGAAAACUUAGAAGUGAUUGAGUCCUGACCGUGUAUUUAUAAACAUGUACGUUUUAUAAUUAAUAUCACUAGAGGGAUUGCAACUCCAGCUGAAGAGAAGAGAAUCAUUUAUUUGUUAGAAGUGAGCAGGAGAUAUAUUUCAUUAAGCAAGACAGAGCAUCAGUGGCAGAUGUGAAACUCUGAGUCUGAUAAAAUUUUGACAGUGGAACAGACUCCCUUCAUUGGAGGUUUUUAAGGAGAUGUUGGACAUCCAUCUUUAAUUGAGGCUUUAGUUGAGAUUCCUGCAUUGCAGGGAGUUGGACUCAAUGAUCCAACUCUGUUGGAACUCCGUUCCAAGUUCUGUGAUUCUAUGAAAUGGUUCCUUUCUGUUCUCCUAAUUUUGCUGUUGUUUAGUCGUUUAGUCGUGUCCGACUCUUCGUGACCCCAUGGACCAGAGCAAGCCAGGCACUCCUGUCUUCCACUGCCUCCUGCAGUUUGGUCAAACUCAUGUUCGUAGCUUUGACUGUCCACUGACCAACCAUCUCGUCCUCUGUCUUCCCCUUCCCUUGUGCCCUCAAUUUUUCCCAACAUCAGGGUCUUUUCCAGGGAGUCUUCUCUUCUAAUGAGGUGGCCAAAGUAUUUUCCUUAUUAGGUAAAGGUAAAGGGACCCCUGACCAUUAGGUCCAGUCGUGGCCGACUCUAGGGUUGCGGCGCUCAUCUCGCUUUAUUGGCUGAGGGAGCCGGCGUACAGCUUCCGGGUCAUGUGGCCAGCAUGACUAAGCCGCUUCUGGCGAACCAGAGCAGUGCACGGAAACACCGUUUACCUUCCCACCGGAAGGUAUUUAUCUACUUGCACUUUGAUGUGCUUUCGAACUGCUAGGUUGGCAGGAGCAGGGCCCGAGCAACGGGAGCUCACCCCGUCGCGGAGAUUUGAACCGCCAACCUUCUGAUCGGCAAGCCCUAGGCUCUGUGGUUUAACCCACAGCGCCACCUGCAUCCCCUAUUUUCCUAAUAAGCAAGUCCUUAAAUUUCUUUUAUCAUGUGUGUACCUUUCCAGUAAGCCAUGUUCUUUCCUGUCCUCACAGCCACCAGUAUACCAGCGGAUAUUACAGAGUCUCUGCAUAUUUCCUUGCCUUGAUGAUCGGAGACCUGCUACCCAUGAGGACCAUGCCUGCAAUCAUAUUUUCAUGUAUAAGCUACUGGAUGAUUGGUAAAUAAUAAUCUGUAUUUUUGUACGCUGUCAUACCAAGGAACAGGUCAACCUCAUGCUUCCUUGCUGGGACUCUUCAUAUGCACAGAGGCCUCAGCAGAGGAAAAUAUCUCUGUGCAAGCCAUACCUCUAGCCUGCGCUAUUAACCAUUUCCAUUAUUUUAUAAAAAGUUUGUUAUCUUGAUUUCUUAUUUUUCCAGUAACUUUCCCCAUUUCCCCAUAUUCCAUCGGUUUUCGUAUUCAUUCUUUUUUUGCUGGGACUUCAUCUUCUUCUUUCCAUUUUUGAGCAAGUAACAUUCUUGCCGCUGUAGUAAAAAAGGUAAAGGGACCCCUGACCAUUAGGUCCAGUUGUGGCCGACUCUGGGGUUGCAGCGCUCAUCUCGCUUUAUUGGCCGAGGGAGCCGGCGUACAGCUUCCAGGUCAUGUGGCCAGCAUGACUAAGCCACUUCUGGCGAACCAGAGCAGCGCACGGAAACGCCGUUUACCUUCCCGCCGGAGUGGUACCUAUUUAUCUACUUGCACUUUGACAUGCUUUCGAACUGCUAGGUUGGCAGGAGCAGGGACCGAGCAACGGGAGCUCACCCCGUUGCGGGGAUUCGAACCGCCGGCCUUCUGAUCGGCAAGUCCUAGGCUCUGUGGUUUAACCCACAGUGCCACCCACGUCCCACUGGCCGCUGUAGUAGCAUACAUUAAUAAGUUUCUGUACAGUUUGGGUAGUUCUGUCCCUAUAAUUCCUAAAAUGAAAGCUUCUGGGUUUGUUUGUUUUUAGAAAUAUCCUUUCCAGUCUUCUACUUCGUGAUUUGAUUGUUCAUUGCACCUAUCCUCUUCCUGUUUUCAGGCUACCAGGCUGAUGCGGGCCGAUUCUUCUUCUUCAUGCUGACUCUUGUGCUGUUGUGCUACACAUCCACCUCAAUGGCCCUCGCAAUCUCCGCAGGGAUGGACGUAGUAGCCAUUGCCAACUUACUUAUCACCAUCUGCUUUGUCUUCAUGCUGGUGAGUCUUGCGUGUGUCACGUAGGCUUGGGAUCAGCUCUACAUCAGCCUCUGCGAUGAGGCUACAUUUUAAUAUCUUAAUGUUUCAAUAUUUUAAUGUUGUAUUUUAAUUUUGUUUUUAAGUUGUAUUCAUUCAACUUAUUUUUAUUAUUGCUUGUUAGCCGCCCUGAGCCGGCCUUGGCUGGAGAGGGCGGGGUAUAAAUAAAAAUUAUUAUUAUUAUUAUUAUUAUUACUACUACUACUACAACCAUGACUGCCUUUUUCUGCUGUUCCAUAUUUUGGAAGGUUCAAUCCCAGAUCCUGACCUCCCGCAAUCCCACCGCUGCUCGUGCGAUAAAAGGAGUUGUUGCUGAAUGGGCGGAGGUGUUACGAUGGGUAGUUGCCUCGGGGCCUAAUUCUUUAAAUUGUGAAUUUAUUCGCACUGUUUCUCUCUCUCCAAAUUCCAGAUAUUUUCUGGCUUGCUGGUGAACCUUCCCACCGUCAUGGGUUGGCUGAACUGGUUGAAAUAUUUCAGCAUUCCCAGAUACGGCCUCACGGUGAGUAUGCUAUAGUUAACAUAGAUUGGGGAGGACCCCUCUAAACCCUAGAAAUUAAUAAAUGGUAAGAUUUUGAUUGGUUGGGAUAUUGAUGGAAGUACAAGCUGCAGGACUGCACCAGACAAGGAAUCCUUGGGAUGGCUUAUACAAAGCAGCCUGGCUUGUCUUCUGUUUACAUGACAAAAGGGGUUGAUGGGGAGACAGAUGUUGGCAAGGUCAUGGGGUAUGUGUUUGAAGUGACAGGAAGAGAGAGUUUUUAGCAGGGGGUUCUGGGAAGAAGAAGAAGGAAGAAGAAAGACUGGGAUCCAUCUUGGGCAGGCUGGCUGAAGGCUGGCUGGGUGUGCUGGUCCCGUGGGCUAACCGAGAGGCGAGAUCCGAGUCCAGUCCAAGGUCAAAGGUGCAGUAUGGAGGCAGUCCGUAAAAGUUGAAGCUGGAUGCAGGGCAGGUAGUCAGGUGAGGUCAGGAGCUCCGGCAGGAUAGCAGGACAGGGUUCAGGCAGGAACUGACAACCAAUGAAGUUGCUCCCACAACUUGAGACUGAGGCUGGCUGGCUUUUAUCUGCCCCGAGGCACAGGGCAGCCCCAAUCCUCAGGUGACUCGCCUCUCUUGGCCUGGAGGCGAGCACUCCUCCUGUGGGAACUUAGUUCCCUCCGCCUCUCUGCCCUGAGCCUCUGCAGUUCAGGAGAGGCUGGAGGGUUACCGGACCCAGAGGCAACCUCAGCUUCCCCUGACUGGGCUGAGAGUGGAGCACCUGCAGGCAAUGGGUCCUCCAUCAUCUCAGGAGCCAGUUAAGACUCAGCUGGUGCCUGCACCUGAGGAUCCAGCACAGGUGAGGACCCUUCAGGCUCAAGCCCCAGCCCCGGCUCAGCUGGUUCUGGAGGCGGGGACUCCUGUGCAGGCUGGGAUUCCUCAGGUUUAGCCUCCGAGUCCGAAUCCCAGGCCAUCACACUGGGAGAGAUGCCUUAGACUCUAGGGAUGCAUGGCUACAUUGGGCAGCUUCUGUGCAUCAGAUGAGCCUCAAGUUAAAUAUCAGAUGCACUUAAAUAUAAACAGUUGUUGAGAAAGCCACUCCUUCUUAAGCAGGAUUUUCAGAAGAGAAUCGUGAUUGUUACGGCCCUUGAUUAAAAGUGUGGUUUUUUCACAAAAUAAGGUCACGGCUGUUUUUAAACCUAUUUCCAAAGGAGCAACCUGAACAAUAAAUAAAAUAUUGAUACUUGUAAGCUGGUGAAGUCAUGAAACUCUGUGUAGGCAUAUUUGCUGUUGACAAAGUUGCACAGAUUAUGAAGUUAAUAGACUAUGCAGAACUAGAUAAACUAACAGGAAGGAUUUGAAACCGGAGGGACCAGAAAUUCACGGAAGACUGGAGUAAAUUUACGGACUAUUUGAAAAGUAUUUGUGAAGAUCAGACGACGUUUGUAGGUUUGCAAGAAGUUUUGUGAGGAGUAUGAUUGGAAGUAAAGGCAAUAUAAAGUUAAGAAAUGCAUAAGAAGUGGUUAAAAUGGUGGAUCAUCAGAGGUUCUGAUGGAAGUCUAAAAAGAUUGUAUAAGUGAUAAGUUUCGUGGUACAUUUAUAUGUUAAAAUCAAUAAAAAUUAUUUUUUUUAAAAAAGACAAAGUUGCACAGAUUGACCAUGGCUGUAUUAAAAUCAGCAAAUAUUCAGUUGUUACAACAAGCUGGUUUGGAGAUUCUCUUUUUGGUACUAUUGCGGCUCUAUUUUGCUCUCUGGCUUCCUACACAGGCCCUUGAAGUCAACGAGUUUAGAGACCUGCGUUUCUGUGCAAACGCCACAGAAUCCUUUCCAUUGCAAAGCUGUCCCCCAAGUUCUCCUCAGACCAGAGAAAUGUGAGUAUCUCAGCUGGAGGUGGGUGGAGCACAUACAUUCUCUUCCAGAAGAAUUACUAUCCUCGUCAGUUUGGGGUUGCUCCCUAAGAAAAACUCUUCCUAAAUCAUGUCAUAUGCAUGUCAUGGUUCUUCACAAUUCUACUGAAAACUGGUCAUUUAUUUCCAGUAACAGAAGAACAGUCCCUCUCAUCAAGGUCCCAUAUAAAGAACCCAGAAACCAAACUCACAAAGAAUUUCCCUCCUAAAGCCACUGUGUGCUUGUACAAAAUAUUUCAGUUCCCCUAAGCCACAUCCUUGUGUGUCGAUUACUACAUUUUGGCUACAGAAGGCUCCUCAACAUUCAACAUGCGGGUGGCGCUGCGGUCUAAACCACAGAGCCUAGGGCUUGCCGAUCGGAAGGUCAGCGGUUUGAAUCCCCGCGACGGGGUGAGCUCCCGUUGUUCAGUCCCUGCUCCUGCCAACCUAGCAGUUCGAAAUCACGUCAAAGUGCAAGUAGAUAAAUAGGUACCGCUCUGGCGGGAAGGUAAACGGUGUUUCCGUGCGCUGCUCUGGUUUGCCAGAAGCGGCUUAGUCAUGCUGGCCACAUGACACGGAAGCUGUCUGUGGACAAACGCCGGCUCCCUCGGCCUAUAGAGCAAUAUCAGCACUGCAACCCCACAGUCGUACUCGACUGGACCUAAUGGUCAGGGGUCCCUUUAAGCUACAUCCUUGUGUGCCGAUUACAGUGGUACCUUGGGUUAAGUACUUAAUUCGUUCCGAAGGUCCGUACUUAACCUGAAACUGUUCUUAACCUGAAGCACCACUUUAGCUAGUGGGGCCUCCUGCUGCCGCUGCGCCACCGGAGCCCAAUUUCUGUUCUCAUCCUGAAGCAAAGUUCUUAACCUGAAGCACUAUUUCUGGGUUAGCAGAGUCUGUAACCUGAAGCGUAUGUAACCUGAAGCGUAUGUAACCCGAGGUACCACUGUACUACAUUUUGGCUACAGAAGGCUCCUCAACAUUCCUGAUCCACAAUGUACCGGAUCCAAUUUGUGCCUAAGAUAUUCAUAACAGACUUAUUUCAGUUGGACCAACAAAGCAUGACACAUUCGUAUUUCACUAGAAGAAGCUGGUAUGUCUGUCUCAGCCUAUGUGUGUGCAUACAGCAACGUGGCUCAGUGUGCCAGGGAAAUGGCUCAGUUGGUUAAAGCAUGGCGCUGAUAACACCAGGGUUGCAGGUUCGAUCCCCCUAUGGGACAGCUGCAUUGCAGGGAGUCAGAAUAGAUGUUCCUCAGGGUCCCUUCCAACUCUAUUAAAUAGUUAAAUAGUGGGAAUGAUGGACGAAGGGCACAGCUCUGUAGAUUCAUAGCUCUUUAUUACAGCAGUUAGAACUGUUCCUGGAGUCAGACUGACUGGAGCCAAGCUGGCUGCUUUAUAUAAUAAAGGUAAAGCUGCCCCUGACCAUCAGGUCCAGUUGUGACCGACUCUGGGGUUGCAGCGCUCAUCUCACUUUAUUGGCCGAGGAAGCCGGCGUACAGCUUCCGGGUCAUGUGGCCAGCAUGACUAAGCCACUUCUGGCAAAACCAGAGCAGCGCACGGAAAUGCCGCUUACCUUCCCGCCGGAGUGGUACCUAUUUAUCUACUUGCACUUUGACCUGCUUUCGAACUGCUAGGUUGGCAGGAGCAGGGAACGAGCAACGGGCGCUCACCCCGUUGGGGAAUUCGAACUGCCGACCUUCUGAUCGGCAAGUCCUAGGCUCUGUGGUUUAACCCACAGCGCCACCUGCGUCCCCUGCUUUAUGUAAUACUAAGUAACUUGUAACAGUAACAACUCCCAACUAGCUAACCAAUCAGCGAGCUACAGUUAUCAAUCCUUCAUUUGCAUACUGGUGGCACUGAGUGCAAACUGCAGCUAAUCUUAAUACAUAAUACUAUGAUUCUAUGAAUUCAAUGGAAAAGGGUCUAAUUCUUCUCCCGGUGCUCAUUUCCCACAAAUUAUUUGCAGUGGGCAUUGUCAGAGGUGCAUAAAGGGGUAGAAAAUACCCAGAAAAAAAUGAAAUGAAGAAUGCAGCAAGAGUUGGCCUUUGGGGGAAAUUGUGUGUAUUCACAAUGGCAACCUUGGUAGCCUUGGAUCAGCAAGCAUUUGUUUUCCGUGCUUGGGAAUAGUGAAUGGGUUGUCUUUCUAGCGCUGAAGCAAUGCUUCAGUUAAUGAAUAACAUUCUGAAUGUGUGUACUAUCCUUUUUGACAGGUGCUAUGGCGAACAAUACCUCUGCGGACAGGGAAUAGAGGCUACCAACUGGGCAAUGUGGGAGAACAUUGUGGCUCUUAGCUGUAUGACAAUCAUCUUCCUCCUGAUAGCAUAUGCCAAACUGCGAUUCAUGAAGAAGUUCACCUAAUGCAGAAAAGAUGACCUACAAGACGGACAUUUAAGUCUUCCUAGGUCCAACCGGAAAAAGUCAUUGUUUCAAUUAACUGGGCGGACCAUACUGCACCAACCACAUUUUUUUUACAUUGCUGAUAUUUAAUCUUUUUUGUAAAGGAAGCAAUUUGUUUUAACUGAUUCGUUUUUUAUAUAGAAUUCUGUCAUUCACUUUGACGUUGAGAUUAGCUUGUAUAUUUCUCAGGAAAUUUGUUUCGAUCUGUAAUUAGUUUUCUUUGGGGAAGGGGGAGCACUUUGUAAACUGAGUCUGGGGACUCAGCUGCAAUGAAAAAGUUUUAAGUGUGUGGUAAAGUGCAUUAUGCAAAGGUGACACUAGAUGGCGAUCGUGAGCUAUGGCAAAAUCUGUAUAUUUUUCAAAAUGUGUUUUUUUAAAAAGCCUUUUCGCAGCGUAUUUUUUAUAUGUGUCUAGAUUCCACCUGGGUAAAAAGGGCAGCAGCAGUUAAAUCUAAAGAAAACAGAGGGCAAGGGGAAAUCAAUAAAGGAGGUGAACCUAAAACGGUGCU